AUGUAUGAAUAUAUUCAUGGAAAAGUUAUAGAAUAUAAUUACCAAAUAAACAUGAAAAAAACUUUUCAGUUUUCUCUUUGUGGACAAUGCUACAAUGUUUUGGUGAAAUUGAAUUCCAAGGCUAAAAAAAAAAAAACAACUAGGUCACCUUCUCCUUCAAUAUCCAUUGCAGCAAGUGAAGAUAGAAUCAAUAAAAAUGAAAUGAGUAGUGAAGAAGAUAAUAAAUCUGAGUUUGUAUUAGCUUAUAAAUUAUUUGUUAAAACAGCUGAUGGAAUUUCAUUACCUGCUAAAUGGUUUCAAGAAUCCAUAUCAACAGUUGAUAAAUUUCUUUUAUCUGUUUACAAUAAAAUUCACUUGAUGACCAAGGAUAAUACUAUUAUGCCAAGUUAUUAUUUCAUGAUAUUCAAAACACAAAAAGAGACAGGUGCUAGCACUCAGUUGGUUGACGAACAAGAUUUCAUCAAGUUCAAAUCUGAAUAUACAAAAUUAGCUGCUAGAAAAAGUAAUAUUGGGAUUUAUGUUACAAUUUUACAACCAUCUAUCACUUCAUAA